AUGAAACCAACUUCUAUUCUCUCGCUAUCCGCUCUCGCGGCCUCCGUGUCCGCCCUCGUGCCCAUUGAGAUUCGAGGCAACAAGUUUGUCAAGCCCGGCAACUCGUCUUCCGAGGAUGAAAUCUUCCAGGUGAUUGGUAUCGACUACCAGCCCGGUGGAGCGUCUGGCUACUCGGACUCGGCUGACUCGGACGCGCUGUCAGACGUGGACACGUGCCUUCGAGACGCGUACAUUCUGCAGAAGCUGGGCGUUAACACCAUCCGAGUCUACACCCUGUCUCCCUGGAUCAACCACGAUGAGUGCAUGUCCAUUCUCAACGGUGCCGGCAUCUACGUGAUUCUGGACGUCAACACUCCCCUGGGCGGCCAGUCGCUGAACCGAGACGACCCCAAGGGCUCUUACAACGCCGGUUACGUCAACCGAGUCUUCGGCUUCCUGGACGCCUUCAUGGGCUACCCCAACGUGCUGGGCUUCUUCUCCGGUAACGAGGUCUUCAACAACAAGGAAAACGCCGAGACCGUGCCUCCCUACAUCAAGGCUCUUCAGCGAGACAUGAAGGCCUACAUCUCCAACCAUGGAGACCGGGAUAUCCCCGUCGGCUACUCUGCUGCCGAUGAUACCACCCUCGGUAUUGCUGGAUGGCAAUACCUCGAGUGCGGCGACGAGGAGGUGCGAUCCGACUUUUACGGCCUCAACACCUACCAGUGGUGCGGAGGCGCCACCUGGGACAACUCCGGCUACGGCACCAUCAACUCCUCUUACGCUGACUCGGCCAUCCCCCUCAUCUUCUCCGAGUACGGCUGCAACAAGGUGCGACCCCGAACCUUUGACGAGGUCGACCAGGGUUUGUACGGCGGCCUCAAGGACACCUUCUCUGGAGGACUCAUCUACGAGUACUCUGAGGAGGCCAACAACUACGGUCUGGUCGAAAUUGACAGCGAUGGUAACAUUGAGCUCAAGGAGGACUACUACAACCUGCAGAAGGCCUACGCCAACAUCUCCAAGCCCUCCGGCUCUGCCUCUUCUCUCGGAUCCGAGCCCACCAUCAAGCAGUGCAACUCUACUCUGAUCAAGAAGACCGACCAGUCCUUCAACUCCACCACCGACCUGCCUCCUUCUCCCGUGCUCGACACCAUCAAGUCUGGCUCUGGCAACAACAACGUUGGAAAGAUUGUCGACAUCCCUCAGAACCUCAAGACCAACUACACCAUCAAGGACAAGGAUGGUAACGAGAUUAAGGACCCUACUGUGGUGAUUGACGCCAAGAACCUGUUCAACGGCCACCCCAAGAAGCGAGCUGCCAAGCCCGAUGCCUCCUCUUCCGCCUCUUCUGCUUCUGAGCCCUCCGCCACCUCGGCUGCCGCCUCCUCCUCCCCCUCUGCCUCCGCCUCUUCUACCGACAAGAAGAAGAACGGCGGUGUUGUCCAGACCGUCUCAAUGAUGGCUGUUCUUGGAGGUGUUGCCGUUGCUCUUCUUUAG